GCACCCAAUAAUGCGAAGGCAGUGUCUCAACCCAACGAGACUGGCCGGUGCAUGCACUGAUCUAUCUUCCAUUGAGACAUGGCGACUAUGAAGUCCCGAGGGUUACUACUGUGUAUGUAGAGAGUUUGAAACACCACGACCCGUCUGUUUCCGGGCGCACACAGGUGUCUUCAGGGGUCGCUCGUUUGACUGGUUGAGCACCUUAAUGCAGCAUGAACGAAGCUGGUCGGCCGUUGCGGCCACAGCAGCCGCCAAUCCCCGGGGGUUGCGGGGUUCGUUAGGAGGGGAGAGGAGGAUUGACCGCGAGAUCGUGGUCUGCUUGGCCAGGCGGCCAUCCGCGUGGCCUGGGGAAGCGGUCUUGCAAUGCGAUGCGCGUUUGCUGUGUGUUUGUCGUUCCAGUUUCUCUGGGGAGAGACAGUCACAAUGGUGGUACUGCGCCCUCCGGCGACGAAGUUCGAAGUCCUACAGCAGCCGUCGUGGGGAAUCGGUCCUGGUCCUGGAAGCCAGCCAGCCAGCGAGGCGGCGAGGUCGGAAUGGGGUCGACGGAUGCAUACAGAACCUGAAACAAUACACUCAGCACAAGCGGAAGCGUCUGCCUACGAGUUCUCUGUGACUGGCAACUAAAUAGCGUAGCCAAAUGGUUCGGCAGUUCUGCAAGGCAUGGAUUCAGUACUCUGACCUCUUCCACAACAACUGAAAAUCGCAGGGCAACCUCCCGAACCGGAAAGAUGAGAAGAGCAGUGUGACGUUUUCUCCAAUAUCCCAGCAAGACUGGUGGUGUGGAAAAACUUGGAAACUUGGAGCUGUGUUAAGGUCCGAAAUUGAAAUGCUGCAGAAUGACUUUCACUGUG